AUGGAGAGAGCCAACCAUAGCUCCUUCACGGGCUUCACUCUCCUGGGCUUCUCCAGCAGGCCCCAGCUGGAGGCCGUGCUCUUCCUGGUCAUCCUGGUCUUCUACUUCCUGAGUCUGCUAGGCAACAGCACAAUCAUGCUUCUGUCUCUCAUGGAUCCUCGCCUCCACACCCCCAUGUACUUCUUCCUCUCCAAUCUCUCCUUUAUGGAUCUCUGCUUGACCACCUGCACUGUCCCUCAGACGCUGGUCAACUUCAGGGGCAGGGACAAGACCAUCAGCUACGGUGGCUGCGUGGCCCAGCUGUUCGUUGCCCUGGGCCUCGGGGGAGUGGAGUGCGUGCUCCUGUCCGUCAUGGCCUAUGACCGCUAUGCAGCUGUCUGCCGCCCACUGCACUACAUGGCUGUCAUGCACCCCCAGUUGUGCUUGCGGCUCGUGGUGACUGCCUGGCUGACGGGGUUCGGCAACUCCGUGGUGCAGACGGCGAUGACCAUGACACUGCCCCUCUGUGGUAAGAACCAGCUGGACCAUUUCUUCUGCGAAGUUCCAGUGAUGCUGAAACUGGCCUGUACUGACACCUCCAUCAACGAGGCCGAGCUUUUUGCCGUCAGUGUCUUCUUCUUGGUGGUGCCCCUGUCUCUCAUCCUGGUGUCCUACGGCCACAUUGCUCACACAGUCCUGAGGAUGAAGUCGGCUCAGGGUAGGCAGAAGGCCUUUGGGACCUGUGGCUCACACCUUCUGGUGGUGAUCAUUUUCUUUGGUACUCUCAUUUCCAUGUACCUCCAGCCACCCUCUAGUUACUCACAGGAUGUGAACAAAAGCAUAGCUCUCUUCUAUACUCUGGUGACUCCUGUGCUGAACCCCCUCAUCUACACUCUGAGGAACAAGGAAGUCAAGGGUGCACUGAGGAGACUGGUGAGGAGAACCGCUGACUCGAGAGAGAGUUAG